UCAGCCGCCCGCUCCGGCCUGGGCCUCGAGCCAGGGGCCGAUCCGGAAACAGCCGAGCGGAUCCGGAAACAGCCGAGGGGACCCGGAAGGGGUGAGCACCGUCACCAGGGAGUGCUGGAACCCGCCGUUUGCGCGGAGGCGAUGGCGGCAGCUGUGCCGGCGGCCGCGGGCGAGGAUGGCCGGCGACGGCGGCCGGGGGCCGCCCUGGACCCCCAGCCCCAGGAAGGGGCGAAGCUUGAGGCCGAGUCAGAGGAGCUGGGCCGGCUGCGGGCGGAGCUGGCGGGCGCCCUGGCGGAAAUGGAGACCAUGAAGGCUGUGGCGGAGGUGAGCGAGAGCACGAAGGCCGAGGCCGUGGCUGCGGUGCAGCGGCAGUGCCAAGAGGAGGUGGCUUCGCUGCAGGCCAUCCUGAAAGACUCCAUCAGCAGCUACGAAGCGCAGAUCACUUCCCUGAAGCAGGAGCGGCAGCAGCAGCAGCAGGACUGUGAGGAGAAGGAGCGGGAGCUGGGGCGCCUGAAGCAGCUGCUGGCCCGGGCUCACCCCCUGGACUCCUUGGAGAAGCAGAUGGAAAAGGCCCACGAGGACUCGGAGAAGCUUCGGGAGAUCGUGCUGCCCAUGGAGCAGGAGAUAGAGGAGCUGAAGGCGAAACUGCUCAGGGCAGAGGAGCUGAUUCAAGAGAUCCAGAGACGUCCCCGGCAUCCCCCUUCCCUGCACGGCUCCGCGGAGUUGCUGCCCCGGUCCCGGGACCCGUCGCCCCCGCUGGAGCCUCUCGAGGACCUGAGUGCAGACGGGGGUGCAGCGGCCGAAGCCUUCGCCCACAACUGUGAUGACAGUGCCUCCAUCUCUUCCUUCUCCCUUGGCGGCGGGGCCGGCAGCACCUCCCUGCCCCGCAGCCGCCAGGCCCUGAGCCCCGAGCAGGAAGAGACAGCUUCUCUGGUGUCCACGGGCACCCUGGUCCCCGAGGGCAUCUACCUGCCGCCUCCCGGUUACCAGCUUGUCCCGGACACCCAGUGGGAACAGCUCCAAACGGAGGGGCGGCAGCUGCAGAAGGACCUGGAGAGAGUCAGCCAGGAGCGGGAUGAGCUGCAGGAGGGUCUGAGACGGAGCAACGAGGACUGUGCCAAGCAGAUGCAAGUGCUCCUGGCCCAGGUCCAGAACUCAGAGCAGCUGCUGCGGACCCUGCAGGGGACUGUGAGCCAGGCCCAGGAGCGGGUUCAGCUGCAGAUGGCAGAGCUGGCCACGUCACACAAGUGCCUGCGCCACGAGGUGAAGCGGCUGACUGAGGAAAACCAGGGGCUCCGGGCCGAGCAGCUGCCGUCUUCAGCCCCCCGGGCUCUGGAGCAGGAGGAGGGCCCCGAGGAGUCGCUGCCCAGCUUGGUGCCGGAGCUGCAGCAGCUGGUGCGUCACACGCGGCAGGAGGCACGGGCCCAGCAGCAGGCCCGGGAGCACGAGGCCGAGCGCCUCCGGAUCGAGAUCGUGACCCUGCGGGAGGCCCUGGAGGAGGAGACGGCGGCCAGGGCCAGCCUGGAGGGGCAGCUGAGGGUGCAGCGGGAGGAGACAGAGGUGUUAGAGGCCUCCCUGUGCAGCCUGAGGACGGAGAUGGAGCGGGUCCAGCAGGAGCAGAGCAAGGCCCAGCUCACAGACCUGCUCUCAGAACAGAGGGCAAAGGUGCUGCGGCUGCAGGCAGAGCUGGAGACCAGCGAACAGGUCCAGCGGGACUUUGUACGACUGUCCCAGGCCCUGCAGGUGCGCCUGGAGCAGAUCCGCCAGGCAGAAAGUCUGGAGCAAGUGCGUAGUAUCCUGGGGGAGGCGCCCCUCAAGGACAUCAGGGACAUCAAGGACACCUGAGGGGCUGGAAGCCGCCCCCCCUUGGGGAGACUGCCUUUCCCUGCCCCGGAAACAAGGAGCCUGGGCUUUGGCAGGGGCGGUGGGGGGGAGCUGUCUCAGGAUAGAGUCUUUGUCCUCUCCAAGCCUGGGGUUAAGAGGAUGGGGCCACCACUGUCCUGCCUCCCCGGCUCCUCCUCCCAGGGUGGCCGGCCUUCUGCUCCCAAGGACGACACCUGGCUGGGGGUCCCAGCCCCCUCCAGGAACCAAAGGUGUAGACUUCGCCCUGCGGCUUUCUGGCUGCCAUGCUGCCUCUUGGGUCCCAACCCUCCUGCCGCUGUCCCCCGAGCCAGACUAAUGGCUGUGCCUCUUACGGCGCCGUCCCUUCCCUGAGGCACAGCCGAGCUGCGGGUGGUGGCCGGGCGCCUCCAGCCCGUGGCAGCCCGUGCCUCCACAUGCGCGCGCUGGGACAGGCCGCCGCUUUCCGGACUGCAUGACACUAAGACGCUUGUCCCCGGGGGCCUGACCCAGGCCCCGAGAUGUGCACGGAGGCAAGACCAGACUUUUCUGUCAUUUAUUUUCAAUAAAUAAGCAGCUCAGCUCAA